UCAGAACAUAAUUUAUUGUCAACAUGAGGUAUUAUUGGUUCCUUGCAUUUGUGCUGUUACUAGCUUUAAGUGCUAGUGCUGGUGCGAAAAUUAAAGCCACUAGAUACACUCUAGAUUUGCAAGGAAAUAGUAAGAUCGAAGGCUUGUACGACGAUUGGUGGCAGAAUGCUGUUAUUUACCAAGUAUAUCCGAGAAGUUUCAAGGAUAGUGAUAAUGAUGGCAGUGGGGAUUUACAAGGUAUAAUUGACAAGAUGGAUCAUUUUGUCAAUACUGGAAUAAAUGCUUUUUGGCUAUCACCAAUUUACAAAUCGCCACAAGUGGAUAAUGGUUAUGAUAUUAUGGAUUACAGGGACAUUGAUCCUUUGUAUGGAACACUUGAAGACUUAAGAAAAUUGGUUGACGAGGCUCACAAACGUAACCUCAAAGUGAUUCUGGAUUAUGUUCCCAAUCACACGAGUGAUCAACAUGCUUGGUUUUUAAAUUCAGUAAACCGCACUGCCCCAUAUGAUGACUACUAUAUCUGGAAAAAUGCGACUUAUGUCAACGGAACAAGAACACCGCCGAACAACUGGCUAAGUGCCUUUUAUGGCUCCGCAUGGGAAUGGAACGAACAAAGACAACAAUAUUACUACCAUAUGUUUGCAGCUCAACAACCAGACCUGAACUAUAGAAAUCCCAAUGUUGUUAAUGAUAUGAAAGACGUACUGAGAUACUGGCUUAACUUUGGUAUUGAUGGUUUUAGAAUGGACGCAGUCAAUACUUUGUUUGAAGAUAUACUAUUGAGAGAUGAACCGCCAUCAGGUAACUCCGGUAUAUCUCCAGAUGAUCCAGUUACUUUGGACCAUAUUUAUACCAUCAACCAAAAUGAAACGAUUGAUAUGAUUUACCAAUUUCGUGAGGUUUUGGACGAAUUCAGUGCUCAAAAUAAAUCUUAUAAUAGGAUAAUGAUGACCGAAGUUUACGCGACGCCAAACAUAAGUAUGCGCUAUUACAUUAACGAAGAUCACACAAGACGUGGUGCUCACUUUAGCUUUAAUUUUUGGACUUUUAUUUUAACAUUGAAUAAGGAUUUUAACGCUUUUCAACUUGCUGAGAGUAUUCAGUCGUGGCAAGCGGAGUUGCCGAUUGGAUGCACCUCUAAUUGGGUGCUUGGUAAUCAUGAUCAACGAAGAGUCUCAACAAGAUUAGGCGUUGAGAAUAUUGACGCUCUUAACAUGCUUAUUGGAAUUUUACCUGGCGUCCAAAUUACUUACCAAGGAGAGGAAAUUGGUGCAGAAGAUGGUGAAGUUACAUGCGAAGAAGGAUACGACCCUCAAGCAAUUAAAAAUUGCUCUACCUAUAACAUCACAACAAGAGAUUUCGAACGUACUCCCUACCAAUGGGAUAACUCAACCAAUGCAGGUUUUAAUGAAGGCCACAAAACCUGGCUUCCAGUUAGCGAAAAAUACCAUAAAACGAACCUGGCUGCCGAAAGCCUUUCUGGUCUUAAGAGUCACUACAACGUGUACAAACAAAUCGUAGAAAUCAAGCAGGAGUUUAAAAAUACCACAAGAGAUAUGCUCUCCUUUGGAAGUCAUCCGAAUAACGUAUUUUAUUGCGAGAGAAAAACUGAUAGUGCUCACUAUGCUUUGGUUUUCAAUGCUGGCAACACCGAGCAACCCGUUUACGACUUUCUUGAUGUCAAUAGUACACUGGAAGUUGUGAUUUCUAAUGUCAAUAGUCAGUAUAAAAAGGGAGAUAGCUUUGAGAUACUGGGGAACCUGCAGGCUAAAGAAUCGCUUCUCCUUAAGGUAACACCUUUAGAAGAAUAGAGAUUUUGUGAUCAACAUUUGAUAAGUUUUUAUACCAUGUCACAUAAUAAAGAAAAUUUUUUUAACAA